UGCGUAGGCUGCCUACCUAUACCGAUGUGCAGCACCUCCACCCAUCCGAAGCCUGUCGGCGAGCGCUGCCUGAUCGAAAUCCAUACCAGCGUCGAGCCCGUUUAUAAAACACUGCGACUGCUGGUCGAUUCCGUUCACAUAUUUCGACUUUGUUACUUGGCCAUUACAGGGAAAAUCAACUCAAUUCGCUAUCCACUCAAAAUUAUCUGGAAAAGGAAAAAGAUAAGGCUUACGUCAACAGUCAACUUCGAAGGCUACGGCGUUUACGAUAACAAAAAUGCCCAAGCGACCGCAAUGCAAGAUUUGCCAGAAGUCCUUCCAGACAAAUGCUCAGCUUGUGAAACACAGUGUGAGCAGUAACCAUGGGGCGGAUCGGUGUUGUGUACCAUGCUCUCGCAUUUUCGGAACCCCAGAAAGCCUGGAAACACAUUCGAAGUCCUCGAUCCACAUCAAAACACCAUCUGUUCGCCUUGGGCCGGCCCAAAACCCUCCAAAGAUCUCCCAUUCAUCGUCGCCUCCGGUCACGCCCCGAAAACCAGAAUGCACCAUUUGCCAUCGAUCCUUCGAGACCAAUGCCCAACUUGCAGAACACUGCCUUCAUCUCGGACAUGCUGAAGACCGAUGUUGUGAGCCCUGUCUUCGACUCUUCGGCACAAAACAAGCGUUAGAAGCGCACGAGAAAACGCUCGCUUGCAAGGGAUCAACUCGCCAGGGCACGAAAAUAAGCACACCGUCUCCGCAACAGAAAACUUCCAUCAGUUGCAGAGGGAAUGAAUAUCGGUUUAUACCACAGAAAGACCGUAUUACUGUCCUAGAGAAGCUACUCUCCCAGUGCCAUUCCACAGGCAGUCUACGGCGACACGGCUACAAAACUCUGCAACCUGGUGGAAGCCAACAACAACAUGGUCCUAUGACGCUGACUCGAGACAUGGACGGGGACAUCCUGCCGUUGCCCGAAAAGGAUUGUUCCCGCAGCACUCGAAAGGCCGUCGCGAUAGACUGUGAGAUGGUGGGCGUGGCCGGCGGAGCAAGCGAGCUCGUCUCCCUGUCGGUCAUCGACUUCCUCACAGGCGAGCAGGUCAUCAACUCCCUGGUCAAGCCGCGGAAGCCCGUACGCGACUGGAGGACAAACAUCCACGGCAUCUCGCCGGCUGUGAUGGCGAUGGCUCGCGCCAAAGGCCAGACCCUUGAUGGAUGGCAGAGCGCGAGGAACGAGCUGUUCAAGCAUGUCGACGAGGACACGGUCCUUGUGGGGCACGCCCUCCACCAUGACCUCGCUGUGCUGCACGUUCAACCCGCCCGGGUUGUUGAUUCGCAGAUAUUGGUGUCCGAUGCCGUUUCCAGCGGAACGAAUACGAAGUCCUCUUGUUGGGGGCUCGGCCUCAAGGAUAUCUGCAGCGGACUGCUUGGCCUCAAUAUACGUCAGAACGGCCCUGUGGGAAGCAGCAAGGCCCACGAUGCCUCGGAGGAUGCACUGGCCUCUCGAGAAGUGGUACUAUGCUGCCUGGAACAGCCAAGCACGUACAAUAUCUGGCUUGCGGAGAAGCGCGAGGCCUUUUCUGCGGCUCAGGCACGCAAGGCACUUAAAAAGCGACAGAAGACCCGCAAGGAACGACUCGUCCCAAAGCCAAAAGAAUAUGAAGAGGACAGCGAAGUUGAAAUUCUAAGAUGGGAAGAUGUUAUCGACUGGGAGGUGUGGCCAAAAUCUCCCUAGGUCGAGAUUCAAUCGAUGAGACAGACGCCGUGGCUCGUGAGGCACGUCGGAUAUGUGUUACGGACUAACGGAGGAACUCCAAGUAAAUACAUAGAUAGUCCUAUCUUUUACCACUGCUCGUGGCACUUACCUCUCGAAUUCAAGCAUCUAAUUGUAACGGACAAUGUUUGAACUGACACAAAUUCUUUACUGACUUCAAAGGUUUCUUUCCGGAGUUUUAAAGGCGUUCGGUCAAUAUAUCAGGCGAUCACGGCAUUUGAGGUUGGUGCUGACAUGCCUUGGGGGUGCACAUGUAAAAUAGAACAAAUCGAUCUUCGCAUUCCAAG